CGACUUUGAGCGAUAUCCUCGAUCUUAUUGGUCAUGAGGAGUAUUCAGUUCUCCUGCGGACAGCCUCCCCUUACCCUCCGAGAUGCGCCUGACCCACGCGUUCAUCGCACAUGACCUUCGCCAUUUCCUCCUCUAUGGUGGCCAUGAUGUGCUCAGCUCACCUGUAAUGAAAGCUUUUGGGGAAGGCUUCAACGCAUGUGGCUGCAUUGCUCAGGUGAUUCCAUUUCUCCAGUUUUACGCUAAGCAUGCGGCUCGCAAUCUUCCAGCGUUUCUCUAUGGUCUCUGGCAAGAUGACACGACUCUUCCCAAAUUGUUCAUCGAUACUCACCUCAUUUGGGACAACGAAUCUUCGUGGGGUCAUUCCCAGAAGCGGUUCAAGAAUAGUCUCAUUUGUUAUCUUCGAGGAUCGCCAACCCCUCCCGUUUGUGAAACUCAGCCUCUGAGAAAUCUGUCUAAUGAUGUCUCCCUCCCUGAGAAUACGCCAUUUGGUACAAACGCCCGCCUCCGUACGCAGUAUUUCACUCGGUUUGUUACCGGACUUGAUACUAUUGGAGACCGAAGAAUUCAAACAAGGAUUGCAAACCGAUGUCACUCAGUCAAUUCGGUGUACAAACUUGUUUCUCCCGCUUAACAGUUCGACUCGGAUCCGAUUUGAUUGAGGCGUUAGACCGCACCCAGACUGAAGUGAAUUCCAUUCUGCACGGUUUAUUCAUGUGCAGCGGCAAUGAGUUUAAUGCAGUAUAGUGAUCCUCUUCGUAAUAUAUUUUCG